AAAUUUUCAACUUGGCGGACAUUUUGUUAUGCACAAUAUUCUUCACUCUAUUAACUUUUUUUCGUUCUAAACCUUCGGAAACAUGUCAGAGAACUAUGAUUUUCUUUUUAAGUUUUUGGUGAUCGGCAGCGCUGGAACAGGGAAGUCGUGCAUUCUGCACCAGUUUAUAGAAGGAAAAUUUAAACAGGAUUCUAGCCAUACUAUCGGCGUAGAGUUCGGUUCUAAAGUUGUGAAUGUCGGAGGCAAGUCUGUAAAGUUGCAAAUUUGGGAUACAGCUGGACAGGAAAGGUUUAGGUCUGUGACAAGAAGUUACUACAGGGGUGCUGCUGGAGCCCUACUUGUUUAUGACAUUUCAAGCCGUGAAACGUACAACUCACUUACAAACUGGUUGACUGAUGCAAGGACCCUUGCCAGCCCAAACAUUGUUAUUAUCCUGAUUGGAAACAAGAAAGAUCUUGAUAGUGACAGAGAAGUCACGUUUCUGGAAGCCAGCAGAUUUGCACAAGAAAAUGAGUUAAUGUUCUUGGAAACAAGUGCUCUGACAGGAGAAAAUGUUGAAGAAGCUUUUUUGAAGUGCUCAAGAACCAUCCUUGGUAAAAUUGAGACAGGUGAAUUGGACCCUGAUAGGAUGGGCUCAGGAAUACAGUAUGGGGAUCCAUCACUCCGAAGAACAAUACGUCCUGGCAAACAAGAGGAGAGGCAGAAAUGUGCAUGCUAGUCUCCUGGGCAAUCAGCACAAUAACUUUUUUCACUUAUUUACUAGAAAACCGUCGAGAUACUUGCCAAGUUGCCAACUGGAAUAUUUGUUUAAAUAAUGCAUGUCAAGUUUAAACGCAUCUAAAAAUAAUAAUAUCAUGACUAUUAAUGGCAUGAUAUAGUGCAUUGCAAGAUGAUUAUUGUGUUUAGAGUCAUAAUGUAGUCUUUUUGUUUGCUACCGGCAGAAAUUAGUUAAUCCUUUGGUCUGCAGGAGGGAUGAAUCUUUACUUUCUUGUAGUAAGUACACUGUGUACUAAUGAACAGAUUGGACAUGGACGUAAUCAUUCAAACGAAGGAUAGGCAUCUUGGUUGAGAAUUCAAAUUCCCCCAAGGUGAAUAAAAGGAAAGGUUUUAAAAAUAUUCAAUGAUCAGAAGAAUUCUUGUGUUAAUAUCGUCACAUUGUACCUACAUGUAAAGUUUAGUUUCAUUUUACUAACAGUUUAACACUCUGCUUUUCAUCAGAAAAAGUGCUGCUACAUGUAAUAAUGCGUGUUUUACUAACAAUUUUGGUAAUUUAAGAUUUUCGCCUGGUUAUGUUGUCACGGUAUGAGCAUCUUUUAUGUAGCCUACAGUAAAUGAACAGAACCAUCUCUCAUCACAUACCCGCUUCUUUCCCUGCUUGAGAGAUGUCUCUGGUUCAUGCUCGAAAAUAAGAAUUCCGUACUUGAGACACAAGUAGCGCAACAAAAAUCCAAGUAUUAUCUUGUUCAUUGAUUGUUUUGAGCUUUUGUCCCAAAGUGAUUCUCCCACCCUAUCUAAGACACCACAUGGAUUUCUGUUGUGUGAUCUUGUCAGACCAAACAUGGAAUUUUUCAAGUCAGGGGAAGUUAAUUAAAUGUAAAGAGGGCAAAAAUCAAGUGAACUAGUUAUUCUAGUGAAACUGGUGAUCCCAUCAUUUUACUUGGACUGUGUAAACAAUUUCAUAACAUAAUUGUCAAUGUAUAUAGUAAUGCUGGAUGCAGUAAAUUUUAAUCUGUAGAGUUGUAAUAUGGAUUUCUUGCAGCAUGUCUGUUUAAUCAGCAGGUGUCAGUGUUGGUUUACUUACAGGUCUGGGCAUGUUCUGUAACUAUGAUACUCGCUAAAUAGCUUUGUGUAUUUUAAUUUGAGAAAUCCCAACGUCAAUGGCUACAGCUGAACAUACAUGUAUGGGCACUUUAAUGGACUAUCUUAAAUGUCCGGUCCACAAAAAGCCAAAACUCUCUGGAAAUAUAAUUAUCACUUGAGUUAAUGGGUGAAGAUCAGAUGUUGAAACAUC